CAAAAAACAAGGCAUGCAGGCUAAUGCAGACAUGCCGCUAGAUGUCUGACUGUGGGGUUUUGAGUCGUUCGUUACUCCGAUCCUGAGCAUACUUGCAUCCAUGAAUGACGUGCAGAACUACAAUUUGAACCGGAUUAGGUAUCUCUGUUGCUUGACCCACCCUCUCUUGGCGUGAGCAUGUUCGCGGUGGUGUGGGCCCAUCGUCCGCUGACCAAAAUAUGGGGUUGUCGUUCUUGGGCUUCCUCUCCCGCCGUCCUCAAGGGCUCGAACGUGCCCAAUGAGAAGGAUCAUGCCCAAUCCCUGGAUCCCGACUCCUUCCGUUUCCUUGGUCGGACCCGAAUCAAUCGAAGGCUUUCCCGGCAGUCUUCGGAGAAGGAUAUCUCCGUUCCAUUAUGGAAUUAUUUGCAAUCCUACGUCAGAGGAGGCUACUUGGAGAAGCAUAUCAUGAUGGAUCCGGCAUUGGCCGAGCAAAUUGCCGAUCUUAUUCAAAAAAAAUCGCAACGGGGCCGGAAAACGUAUUGGAUUGAUGCAGAUGGGGGUUUCAGCCAGGUUACCAAAUGUGUCAUGGAACGGGAUCUGUUCCACUUGGCCAAGAUCUUUGUUCGGGAUCAGCAUAUUCGAUUGCUCAAUGAACACGCUCUCGAGACUCAUUUGAAACCGUUUGUUGACCGUGUCCAUCAAGUGGAUGCCAAUCUCGUUCAGUUUACGAAACUCCACAUGACUAAUCCGACAUCUUUCAUUUCUCCACUGACGUUUGAGACGCCGCAAAUGGAUUGGCACGCCUCUGAACCGCCCUAUACCCUCUUUGGGACAGCCACCCAUGGACUACUCAAGUACUUGGUGGUGCGAUGUUUGGAAAGGCACAGUGAGCUCAGUGAGUUCUCCCGGGGUCGCCCUGAGUUCUUCUUGAUCGUUUCGACGUCAACUAUCAGCAAGAUGUCCUCAUUACGACAAUUCAGUCAAAAAGAUGUCAUCCUUCAAAUUCUCUUUGAAGUGGACAUUCUCGGGGAAAUUCCCCGCACAUCAUUCUUUCCUUGGAGGAAGUUGUCCAAGUCUGCCAAAAACAAGACUGAUAUUGAGGAAGAAUUCGAUAGCAACACCCUUCAUCUUAUUCACCUUCGGCCUCGAAAAGACGCCAUGUUGCAUCCCAAAGUUUCACCUCAAAGUCUGGAAGCCUUUGUGAAUUUCAUCUACAGCCGCCGAUCAGUGCGGGUAUUGCCUUUGAUUGACCGUUUAGUUCCGAAUGGAGCUCUACCCUUAGUUCGAGCGGGUUAUGACAUCUAUCAGACCUCAAGAACGCUUUCUCCCCACGAUGCUUUGAAGAUGUUGAACAUCUUAGUAGAGCAAGAUGGUUUCGACUCUUCCGUGUUUGCACAUGAUUCGUCCCAGGAACAAAGAACUCCAUCAGAUAGUGCAGAAAACGAUUCGGUGUUGGAUUUUCUACGGCGAAAAUAUUUACCGGAUUAAUUUUUUGGGUUUAAUGUGUUCCAAAUCAAUGCGCCAUUGAGCCGAAAUUUAAACAACAUGCUGUU